AAAGGUAUGAAAUUGUUGUCGUUGACGAUGUUCUUGGUAGGCCCCAAAUGCUGAAUGGCAGUGGAUCAUGGAGCGGGGCCUCUGGGCGUCUUCUUCGUGGAGUAAAAUAGAUUUACUAAUUUACUGUUGCAUAUUUUCCUACUGACAGACAUUCAGAGUAUGUAAGUAUCACUUGACGUUAAUAAGGAUUUUGACGUGUUGGGACCACCUGUCUUGAUAUCGUUUUCACGGAAUCAAGUCUUUCACUCGGUAGGAGUUGUCGACGACGAGCCUAGCGCUCUUCUUACGCCAGCCUUAACAGAAAUGAGUUCCGUUCUGUCAUCCAUUAAACCUUUUCAACCCAUGGUAUGGUUAAUGAUACUUAUCUGCUUGCUGUUAGCAGCCAUCUGUUUUGCAGCAUCUUCUCCAUCCAAUGAUGAUCGGUUUUUUUCGUACAAGAGGUUAAUGUUUUCUCGUAUUGGUAAUUAUGUCUUCUAUACGGUGGCUAUAUUAACAAAUCAAGGCUCGGUGUUUGCUUUUCUCAAAUUCCAAUCGAAAUUGCCUUUUCGUUUGACGGCUGGUGUAUGGUGCCUCUUUGCCUUUGUUAUGGUGAACGUGUACUGCAGUACGCUCACGUCACACAUUACAGCUCGUAAGAUGAGCACACCACCUGAUGGUUCUAUACAAGUUGUGGAAGAAGGGGUCCUCUCUUACCUUGUAAUAGACGACAGUUUUGGUCGCGAGCUUAUCCUGGGUGCCACUAGUGGGCCGCUGAAGAAAAUGGGCGAUAUAUUUCGUCGUCAUCCCGAAAAUUUUAUUCCUGAUAAUGAAACUGGAUUCCGCAAAGUUGCGUCAGGCUGUUGCGCCUUCAACGAUUUCGUGAACUAUUUCAAUUACCGAAUCGGUAAAGAUUUCCAAGAAACCGGAAAGUGUAGGGUCCAUAUAGGAAAACCCAUUAAAGGCUAUGGGUUUAAUGGUUUGCUUAUUAAAAAAGAUAACAAUUACCGAGACGUUAUUAAUCAAGGAUUGCUGGAUUUGCACCAAACGGGUCUUGUUGACUAUUGGCGUCAGAAACAGGCAGGCAGAGGAUCUCCAGUUUGCCAGGCGCAAUCGAAAAAGAAAUCGAAGGUGUUACGUAGCUUGAAUCUACGUCAAGAUUUGGUCACCGCCUUUUUCAUUCUUGGAAUAGGAAUUUCAAUAUCUUUUAUCGUCUUUUUGGCCGAACAAUGUCGACGCUGCAAUCGCAAACGUCAGUGA